CCCCCUCCUACUCCCCCAUCCUCAUCCUUCCGCGCCCCUCAUCGCGUGUCCUGCUCUGACCUGAAGGGAGCCGCGGGCGUCGAGUCGGGCAUCCGCCGCAGGCGGGCGGACGGCCCCGCGUUGAGAGCGUCGCCCGUCCAGGCCAGGGCGCUGCUGGCCAGCUUGUCGGCGGCCGGCCUGAGCGCCGAGGCCCUGCUUUUGUCCUCGGCCCUGCGCCAGCACCGCCUCCUCCGCGAGCAGCAGCAGCAGCAACGGGCGUCCGCGUCCUCCCUGCCCUCGCCCAGCAGCCGCUCGCCCUCGCCGGCCUCCUCCUCCUCGCAGAUGCCCACCGCCACCUUGUCCUCGUCCUCCUCGCCCACCACGCCCGUCCUGUCGCCCUGUUCGCCCACGUCGCUCACCUCGCCCACCUCGUCCAAGACCGGUCUGGAGGGGAUAAGCAGCUGCAAGAAUGGACAGUGA